CUCACCACCUCCCACACCCACUCUCACAGACGCAGGCUGUGAGUGAUUCACAUCUGUCCCGGGAUCGUUCCAGCUCAACCUCUGUGUCUCAUGCUGACUUAAACCAGAGCACGGGGUGGACGUCCAGCUACACACGGUUUGGUCCUAAAUUGCCUUUUUUGCCAUGUCAAUAGCUCACCCAUUAACCGAGAAGCAACAAAACCUGCUGUGCCGGACCAACACAGACUGAGACCCCUCUGAGCCCCUCUGCUCCCCCCUGAGACGGACAUGGGGAAAGUCUACUAUGUCAGUAGAAAUGUUGGCCUCGGGAUGCUGGUGCUGGCCGUCACCGCUCUGGUCACGAUCAUAGCUCUGUCCGUCGCCUACGACAAGGCGCGAGCCGAGAAUGGAGGCGAGCCCGGAGACGCGGCGGCAAGCGGCACCAGCGCGCCCGCCCGCUCCCCCACCCCCUCCGCCCCCGAGGAGCCCUGGGACCACUACAGACUUCCGGACGCCCUCCUUCCCGUCACCUACAAUGUCACCCUGUGGCCCCGGCUGAAGCCCGACGCGAGCGGCUUGUACGUCUUCACCGGCCGGUCGGCGGUGGUCAUCAGAUGCGUGAAGGAGACCGACCUCAUCAUCAUCCACUCCAACAAGCUGAACCUCACCGGCCCCCACGGGCACCAUGCUGCGCUGAGCGGCCUGGGAGAGGCCAUCGCGCCCGCCAUACAGAGGUCUUGGCUUGUCGUGGAGACGCAGUAUCUGGUGAUUCAGCUACACGGCAGACUGGCCGCCGGGGCGUCGUACGUGCUCAGCACUGAGUUUAAGGGGGAGCUGGCGGAUGACCUGGAAGGCUUCUACAGGAGUGAAUACACAGAGGGCGGUGUGACAAAAGUUGUUGCUACCUCACAGAUGCAAGCUACGUAUGCCAGGAAAACAUUCCCCUGCUUCGACGAGCCCGCCAUGAAGGCCGUGUUCAACAUCACCGUCAUCCACGAGCCGAACACCAUCGCUCUGUCUAACGGCAUGGAGACCGGCACUAAAGACGACCUCAUCGACGGUGAGCCGGUCAGAGUGACAACAUUUGAGCCCACAAUGAGAAUGUCCUCAUAUCUGCUGGCGUUUAUCGUCAGCGACUUUGAUAGCAUUAAAUCAACCAUGAACAACGGAUUGUUGAUCCGGAUUUGGGCUCGAAGAAAAGCCAUAGAAGACAAACAGGGCAACUACGCUCUCAACAUUACAGGGUCGAUCCUUCAGUUCUACGAGAGCUACUACAACGCAACAUAUCCGCUCUCGAAGUCAGAUCAGAUCGCUCUGCCUGACUUCCACGCUGGAGCAAUGGAGAACUGGGGUCUGAUCACCUACAGGGAAACGGCCCUGCUCUUUGACCCCAUCAUGUCCUCAACUGGAAACAAAGAGAGAAUCACAACUGUCAUCUCCCACGAACUCGCACACAUGUGGUUUGGCAACCUGGUAACCAUGAAGUGGUGGAACGACUUGUGGUUAAACGAGGGCUUUGCAUCAUACGUGGAGUACCUGGGAGCCGACCACGCCGAGCCCACCUGGAGCAUGAAAGACCAGAUCAUACUGCACGAAGUGCACAAGGUGUUUGCGAUGGAUUCCCUGGCCUCCUCGCACCCCCUGUCCCGUGGGGAAGAGGAGGUCAACACUCCCGCUCAGAUCAGCGGGAUGUUCAACAGCAUCUCCUACAGCAAGGGAGCGGCGGUGCUCAGGAUGCUGUCAGAGUUUCUCACUGAGCCUGUGUUCGCCAAAGGACUCAGUUCGUAUCUGAACAUGUUCGCCUACAGCAACACAGUGUACAGAGACUUGUGGGACCAUCUCCAACAGGCAGUUGAAAGCACACCAGGUGUGCAUAUUCCUCACACCGUCCACGACAUCAUGAACCGCUGGGUUCUCCAGAUGGGCUUCCCAGUGGUCACUAUUGACACCCGGACAGGAAGUAUCACACAGAAACACUUCCUGUUGGAUCCAAACUCCGUCGUGAACGAGCCCUCUCAGUUCAAUUACACGUGGUUUGUCCCGAUCAAAUGGACGAAGACAGGUGUGGAGCAGCAACAGUACUGGCUCCUUCAGGAGACAGACGCCCAUUCUCAGAUGAGAGUUUCAGGAGAGGACUGGGUGCUGGCCAACACCAACGUAGCUGGCUACUUUAGAGUGAACUAUGACCUUGACAACUGGAAUCGCCUCCUCUCCCAGCUCAACACUGACCAUCAGGCCUUGCCAGUGAUCAACAGAGCACAGAUAAUAGACGACGCUUUCAACCUAGCGAGAGCCAAACUAAUCAAUAUAACAUUGGCCCUGAAAACAACCAAAUACCUGUCCAAGGAAAGACUCUACAUCCCCUGGAAAACGGCUCUGAUAAACUUCAACUACUUCAUCCUCAUGUUCGACCGCACCGAGGUCUACGGUGCUUUACAGACAUACCUCAAGAAACAAAUUCAACCACUUUUUGAGCACUUCCGGACAAUAACUGCUAACUGGACCAAUAUACCUUCAGGACACAAUGACCAGUACAAUCAAAUCAAUGCUAUUGCAGUAGCCUGCAGUAUGGGUGUGCAGGGUUGCAGGGAGCUGAUCAAAAGCUGGUACAGCAAGUGGAUGGAAAACCCACAUCACAACCCGAUCCAUCCCAACCUGAAAAGCACCGUCUACUGCACGGCCAUAGCCUUCGGCGGUGUGGAGGAGUGGGACUUUGCUUGGAGAAUGUUCAAGAACGCCACUCUUGCAUCCGAAGCUUCCAGACUCAGGGCGGCGUUGGCCUGCACCAAAGCGCCGUGGCUGUUGAACAGGUAUCUGGAGUACACCCUGGACCCAACUAAGAUCCGAAAGCAAGACGCCACAUCGACCAUCGGCUACAUUGCAAAAAAUACUGUGGGGAUGCCGCUGACCUGGAACUUUGUCAGAGCAAGAUGGAAGUACCUUUUCGAAGAGUAUGGACAAGGAUCAUUUUCUUUCUUUGGUCUCAUCAACGGAAUUACAACGAGAUUCUCUACAGAGUUUGAGUUGCAGGAGCUGAAGCAAUUCAAAGAAGACAACCUCCAUGUUGGUUUUGGCUCAGGCAUCAUGGCCCUGGAGCAAGCGAUAGAGAAGACCAAGGCCAACAUCCAAUGGGUGGCAGAGAACAAAGUCCAUGUGAUGAACUGGCUUACUGAGGAGUCCAGAUGAGAACACCAGGACACUCAAAAGGACAGGCUCUUUUCAUUUGUACCGUCAGGGAUGUGGAAUAUAUGACAACUACUAUAAUCAUUGUCUUCCUUGAGUAAACUGACACUCGUGGUCAUCCACCUACGUGCAAAGAGUCCCCUCUGUGCCGAGCAGGGGCCACGUGUGUCUGUGAUCGUGGGGAGAAAACCAUUGAAACAAAUGACUGUUUUGUUUUACUUGCAAUACAUUUAUUUACACAAAAAUGGACAUACAUGCAAUGGACCCAAUGGAACAUACUCAGGAUAUUACCUUGUAACUUUCUAGUCUGUUGUAAACUAAUUAACAAAAAGUUAAGUCAUUAACAACUACAGAUAUCUUUGCAUUGAAAAAACUGUUACUGUUAAUUGGUCGGAGAUAAAGAGCCUGAUUUAAUUUCACAUAAAUCGUUGCACUACAUGAUGUUCUAGUCAGAAAGACCUGAUUUCUGUGUCCAUUUGUCUUCAUACUAAAGGGUUGCCUGUUCUCUGAUGGUCGUCUGUUUCCAGUUUGUGUUUAAUACUGUGAUAAAAAAAAAAGACUCCACAUAAACCAGUUUUCCUUG